AUGCAUCAUCAAUCGAAGUUAGAUGUAUUUAUAAUCAGAGCUUACAAUUUACUUUCUAAUGAGUCAGUCAUUAGCGGCGCAUCUCUACAAAGUGUUACAAACUCACCGCAAACAGCAACAAAUACCCCGUCUGGUAUGGUCAACGGCAUGGUUAGUACAGGGAUUACUAAUCCAGCAGGGUUAGUGGGGUCUGAUGGCACACCUAAUAUCGAUGAGAUUAUUACUAGCAAUGGCAAUAAUGCUCUGGCGAAAAACAACUCAGACAGUGCUAAUGCAACGCCGAAUGGUAAUUCAAGUUCCACCUCUGCCAUAAGCAAUACCAGCAAUCACACUAACAACGGGAACAACGCGAGCACUAGUACGGCGUCCAAUGGAAUUUACACGCAGGCCCAAUAUUCUCAACUUUUUGCCAAAAUAUCAAAACUUUAUAAUGCUACGCUAUCAUCAGGUUCAAUCGAUGAUAGAUCUACCUCUCCAAAAUCGGCAAUCGAACUGUAUCAAAGGUUUCAACAAAUCGUCAAAGAGCUAGAACUAAGCUUUGAGGCCAGUCCUUACGCAAAGUAUUUCCGCCGGUUGGAUGAAAGACUUUGGCAAAUUAAGUCUGACACUGAAUUAGAAAAUGACGAGUUAUGGCGUUUAGUCUCAAUGAGUAUAUUCACCGUGUUCGAUCCGCAAACUGGCCAAAUUUUAACUCAAGGACGUAGGAAGGGAAACUCUUUAAAUACAUCUACUAAGGGUUCCCCAUCAGAGUUACAAGGAAUAAAUAAUGGGAAUAUCAAUGGGAAUAAUGGUAGCAUCAACAAUGCGAAUAGUAUGAAAAACAACUAUGGGAACAAGAAUGCAUCAACCAGCCGAACCAAAAAAAGAGGUACCAGAGUGGCUAAAAAUGCUAAAAAUGGGAAAAGCAAUAAAAACGCUAAUAAGGAAAGGAAUAGCAUUGCAGAUGCAAGCACAUUUAACAACGCAACGAUAAGCAACCCGGGAACCAAUAUGCUAUUCGACCCUUCAUUAUCUCAGCAGUUACAAAGACGAUUACAAACACUGUCACAAGACGUCAACUCUCGUUCCUUGACAGGAUAUUACACACAACCAACCAGUCCUGGGUCAGGGGGAUUCGAAUUUGGCUUGGGUCAUGCUGAUCUGAAUCCAAAUGCUGCGAACAAUAGUAGCAUGGGCUACAAUACAAUGACCAAUAAUGGAUCACAUUCAUGGAAACGAAGAUCACUGGGUUCACUAGACGUUAAUACGUUGGACGAUGAAGCAGUUGAAGAACUCUUACAACUAACAAACACAAAUAAAAGACAGAGACCAAUAACAACAAGCGAUGGUGCCUUGAUAAAUGACGGUACAGAUACCAAUCUAAACACAAACAAUACCCAAAUGAAAGUUGACCUAAAUCCUCCAAAUAAUAUUGCACCAAUUGACACAGAAGCGGUAAUACGCCCUUUGAAAGAAGCCUACGACUCUAUUGUUUCUGAGAAGGGGCAAAGAAUUAUGCAGUUGGAGAGGGAAUUAGAAUUACAACGUCAAGAGACUCAGUGGCUAAGAAAAAUGUUAAUUGAAGACAUGGGCUGUGUUAGAAGUAUGUUGAGGGAUUUACAAAGAUGA